UGCUACACUGGCAUGCUAAUAAAAGCGGAAUGCCCAAGCCCAGCGCCCCCAAUCCUCAGUCCUCUGUCCCAAGUCCCUUGUCAAUAUGUCAGCCCGACGAGCGUUCGUCACUUGACAGUGCCCACUGUCGCACUCUAACUGGGCGUGGGCAGCGUUUUGUUUAAAAACCAAAUCAAAUAUUACGAGAAAAUUUCAAUGCGGUCGGAAUGCAUAGGAAAUUUUAUGCUCGCCGCAGCCGCAAAAACGCAAAUGUUGACUCCGCCGGACAGCAGCUGGAAUUCGUCGAGAUGGAGCCGCUCAGAUAGAGAUACUCGUUCAGAUACGGAUACUGGUCACGUGAAUGCAUUCAAUGGGUCGAUUCACGAAUCGCUUUAAGUCCGAUUUAAAUGGGGAUUUGCGUAAAUAUAUUUGAUAGCUUUUAAAUGGUGUGAACAAGAGACUAUCUUUCCACAGAGAGUAUCUUUGAACCUUAAAUAUGCUAUGGAGCUCUUAGAAGUCAUGCCAAUACAAACUUUAGUGACGAUAUGAAAAGGUUUUAAAACUAUGUUGAUUUUCCUGUGAAAUAAUUCCUAAAUACAAAGUCAGAUUAUAAUACAAUGACGAAAGCAAGAAAUGUUAUGACACUCUUUUAUAUACAUAUAAGACACAUAUGUAUAUACUGAUAAGAGAUGAUUUCUCAGUUAGGUUUUGCCACUUGCGAAAUGCAGACCUUAUUUGCGUGGCUUUUAAUGCUCAACGUGCUCCAAAGCCACGUGGAUUCGAGCAGGUUUUUGGACGAUUCGUGUGGUGCUCCGAUUUCAAACCAAUCUAUUACCAAACUUCGACAACAACGGGCUGGCUGGUUGGCAUUCAUAAGUAAUGGCACCCAAAUUUUUUGUGUUGGCUCGCUGAUUCACAAACAGUUCGUCUUAUUUGCUGCCCAAUGCACGGAUGUUCACCGAAGACUAUUUGUGCAACUGGGCGAUUACAAUGCAACAGAAUCGCCCCAUUGGUUGGUCAGCAACAUAGUGAUUCCCUCACAGUCCGGAAAACAUCUCCAAAGUGUUAUAGGGCUGCUUAAGCUCUCAGAAAGCGUCGAUUACAAUGACGUUGUAUACCCCAUCUGCGUUGCUUUAAAUACCAAUACUUCGGAUAUGGUAAAGAGAAUAACGUAUUUCAAAACCUCUGCCCGGCUUCCCGAGUUUUCGAAAGCUUACAAAAAUGACAUAGCAUUGCUCAGAAUUAAUCAACCAGUGGCCAUGGGCAAAUUGAAGCCAAUCUGUAUGCUGUUGAAGGAAAGGCAUCAGGAAAUGGCCAAGUCUAGUCCGCCAAUUUCGUUUGACUACGUCCAAACUGCAGAUCGCAUACAAGUUUUAAGUAAUAUCGCUACACUUACAGAUCCCAGGAUAUGUGCAAGCAGGCUUCUAAGAACUAUAGAAUUAAAUCAAGUUUGUGUGCAAGUUCCUCCCGAAACGGUCCACGAAAACGCAACACGUGGAGGCAUCUUGGGUCUAAGGGUGAUGUAUUUGGGAAAGGAGGUGCUCAUCCUGUUCGGUAUCUCCAGUUAUUCGCACAAUGACAUUGAUGUCUUCACAAAUGUUAUGGCACACACUCAGUGGAUUGCCAAUGUUGUUAACUCCGAUCACCAACUGUAGCCAGCAUGAUAAAGAAUAACUGUUCUUAGCCACAAGCGCCUGAAGACGCCUAAAAGUAGGCAUCUUUAAUUACAAGGAAGUGAGUAUAGCUGCAAUCCUGCAAUAUUAAACCUCUUUUUAAUAGCUAAACUA